UCUCUCUGUAUGGAUCCGAGACUUGAACAGGCUGCUGAGUCGGGAAGCAUUGAUGAUGAAUCUUAAGCCAUCGUUUGCAAGAAAGCUGGACAAAAGCGGGUGCAGUCCGUUGCAUCUCGCUGUGGAAAAGAAUAAUACAGAUUUUGUUUCCACGAUGCUCGGGCUUGAUCACGGCCUUGUCAGCGUUAAAGGGAAAAAUGGCAUCACGCCGUUCCUUGCCCUAGUGUCCAAAGGGAAUGUCGAUCUUGUGGUAGAGUGUCUCAGACGUUACCCUGAAUGUAUCCAAGAUGUGAGCGUCAAGGGCCAGAAUGCUUUGCACCUUGCUGUGACGAAUGAUAGAUUUGAAGUUCUCCAAGUGCUCACGGGAUGGAUCCAGAGAAAAGUCCAAAGAAACUCGAUCGAGACCAGAAUUCUGAAUAAAAAGGAUCUCAGCUGCGAUACGGCCUUGCACCUUGCAGCAUAUAAGAAAGAUCUUAAGGCGGUUCAACUGUUACUAGAAUGUCGGUUGGUGAAGCGGAACAAAGUAAAUGGUGAUGGUUUAACAACACUUGAUAUCUUGAGAGCCGCAGGUGGAAUGUGCUUGGAUUUAGAACAUAAUCUUGUAAAAUCAGGGUGUAAAGAGGCGGCUUCAAUGCCAAAAUCCAAGAAAAGGUCUGAUUUUCUAAAAUCGCCACUCACUUUCUGGACAUACUGCUCCACGGUCAUGACACGCCUAAGGUCCAACAUUUCAAAUGAAUCUCGUGGAGUCUUCCUGAUCGUAUGCACUUUGAUAAUAACAGCCACUUAUCAGACUGCACUCCAGCCUCCCGGAGGUGUACACCAAUCCAACGAUGAGAAUGCGGGUUCCGUGGUGAUGAAUCAGACAUUCUUCAUCCUUGUUUUUGUUACCAACACUAUAGGCUUCAGCUGCGCUCUGUUCUACACCUUCUGUCUCUUACCACCUCAGAGUUUGUUUACACUAAUAUGGUUUUCUUGGAUAGGCACAUCUCUUUGCGUCUCUUACGCCUUAUCAAUGGCGGUAAUCUCGCCACACCCCAUGGUGUUUCUCUCCGCCACAAUGGCCUUCUUCCUGCUUUUUCCUCUCUUUCUCUUGUGGGAAUUUUUCUUUAAACGCUGGCACAAGACUCAUCGGAAGGUGAGGGUGGUAUCUGAGCAGACUGAGCCCCGAUUUAGUUGCUUUGAUUGCUGCGUUAUCCUUUGUUGCUUUGAUUGCUGCUAUAACACUAUAACAGCAUCGUAUCCAUAA